CCAGAAUAUCGUUGAUUCCACUGUUUAACCACGCCCCUACGCACGGCCUGCCGCCCGCCGCGGGCCACUCCUGAUCUCCCGGGCCCUCUCCACACUAGCUGAACGGAGUACUUGCGCCUUACACAUUUAUUUACUUCCCCUCCCACUCAAUACCACCUCAUGUCGACUUCAGAACUUGUGGAAGGUCCUAGCGCCAAUGCCACUAUCAUAAGUUUGACCAAGAGAAUACGAAAUCUCGGACGAUUAGGGCCAUGGGUGAAGGGAGGAGAUGCUCGAAUCCCGCCAGAAGAGUCCUACCUUUGUGAUACCUGCCUGCGUCUUGACCUGAAAGUCGAGUCGUUCUGUGUACAACCUGGAGAACAUGAAUUCGCGAAGCAGCACAGAGUUCCCCGAUACUUGGGAAAACUUUCCAUGAUCCGCACGCGAACUUAUUGUCCCUUCUGUCGGCUUGUACUCGCCAUAGCAGACCGACCAUUCGACCAACGAACACCCAGUCUACAUGCGGGCGACGAUCCAAUAUGUUGGGCACGAUGGGUAAUUGACGGACAGGAAGACUUGGGACCGGAUCCCAACAGACCUGGAGAACACAAUUUCAGACCUCGAACGCGGCGACUUCUGAUAUACAGCGAGCCACAAGCCUUCAAGGACGGCUAUAUAGUCCUACUUGCCGACGAUGCGCCCAGUCGCGAGUUCUUCGGACGUCGCAUCACUUCACCCGACCUCCUCGAUCCGCAGAUUAUUCGCAAAUGGCUACAUCGUUGCGAGACGACGCAUGGCGAGGACUGUGAAGAGUCGCUAGUACACCCAGACCUACUUGGAGCGCCCAAACAUAUCUUCCGCGCGAUUGACGUGGAUAAUAUGUGCAUUGUGGAAGUGCCACAGUCCACCAGAUACGUUGCGCUGAGUUAUCUCUGGGGCAAGGGAUUCAUCCAGCUCUUCACGACCUCUCAAAACCUUGCAAAACUGUGUCAACCAGGAGCAUUGGACAAAGAGAAGCUACCGCGGACAAUCAAGGAUACAAUCAAGCUUACGAAAAUGCUUGGAGAAAGAUAUCUAUGGACAGACAGUCUGGCAUUGUUGCAUGACUCUGGUUUCCAAUACCAUGACGACUGGGUCUAUGCUCGCGCCGCCAUCACUGUAGUGGCUGGUUCCGGCAAGGAUGCCAAUGCCGGUUUACCAGGUGUCAGAAAAGAAUCCAGGACAUUUCAUCAAGAUAUCGAGGUGGUCAGGCCUGGCUUGCGGCUUAUGGUUUCGCAUCUUGCGGAAGACUACAUCUCUACCUCACAAUGGGAUUCUCGAGCAUGGACUUUUCAAGAGCGGAUGCUGUCACGCCGGUGUCUGCUGUUCGUCAAUAGUCGUAUCUACUACCAAUGUCGACGAACCACAUUCUGCGAGGACAUGGAGAUGCCGCCAAGCAACGGGUGGUCGUUGGACUCGAUUGACAUGCCGACCAGAAUAUUCCGGGAGAAGCCGUUUGUACAAUUCACGUCGGCGGUCGAAUUGUAUACACGCCGGGAGCUGACGAAUCCCAUGGACAUUCUCAACGCCUUCGAGGGAGUCCAAUUGGUGCUGGAGAAACGCAUCGGAGCAGGAAUCUAUUAUGGUGCCUUAGAGACCAUGAUGAACACAUCAUUAAUAUGGGAAUCCACUAAACGAUUGACGCGUCGUCAGGGGUUCCCAAGCUGGUCCUGGUCAGGAUGGAUCGGAGAGAUCCAGUGGAAGUUCACAGAAACAGCGCGGUCAUGGAUUGAGUGGCAUGCCGACCAGGUUUCUGGGGUUCACUCGUUCCCAAAGCAGGGAUGGGAGCUGAUACCACCACCUGUACAGCGUCCAGGCGAUGCAGGGCCAAUGUCUCGCCACAACAUGUGCUCGACAUUUCCUUUGUUGCACUUCCGGACCAUCACUGUGCAAUAUACACUCACCUCGCCGGCACUUAUACACAAAUCAGUUAUCUCGCCCCUAAGAAAGAGGCUGACCGGUCCUAGCGCCUUGUCAACAGUCAGGCCAGCACCGGCAGACCCAGGCCUGAUUCGAGCUGGCAUUGCAGACCGUAACGGACUGUGGUGCGGCACGAUUGACCUGGAUAAGGCAUGGAUGAGCCGAGUUGGGCGGCCGUUCGAAUUUUUGGUCAUGUCGAAAGUCCAUCACUUCACGGACGACGAACUUGCAAUUUGGGAAGGCACGUUACCCGACGACAUUGAAGAAAUGUUAAGUCGAUCACGGAGUUACGGUGUUUAUAAUGUGAUGUUGGUCUCCCAAAAGGAUGGCAUCUACUAUAGGGAAGGUCUGGGGCGUAUAUUGACGGCAGGCUUGGACAGGGCCUUGGAGCCAGGACCUGUAUGGAAGGACAUUGUCCUGGGUUGAAAGCAUCUGUCUACGAGAUCGAUGAUCUACCAGGGCCAGCAUCAGCAUUCUGGCACAAUAGCUUGUGCACAGACCAUUGAGAGUGU